UUAAUCCUUUUGUCUCAACAAAUUAUUGUAAAAGAACAAAUUUAAGAGUUAAUGAGUUGUUCGUAUUCUCUUAAGUAAGGACUCAUAUGAUUUUAUUAUUCUAUUUUUAGCAUAAAAUGUCAGCAGAUGUUGCUAACUAUCAUGGUGGAGAUGGUGGCGGGGAUGACCCAUUAGAUCCUACUAGGGUACCGACUGCGUGCGAGGCUUCAGGUAUUUUUGUUAUUUUUCUAUCUAAGUGUUUAAUUUUUUUAAUUCAACUAUUCACACAUAUACAUUUUUGAUGGCAACAUAGGUGGUGACGCGAGAAAAGGCCGUGGGAGGAAUGUUUUAGUAAAGUUAGAAGAGAGAAGAAAAAACUCUACUGGCCCGUUGCCAUUAGAAGUUGACAGUGUCUCGAACAAAAUAGUAGGCUUGGAGAGUAAAGCUUUUCCUCGAUUGGUAGGGCGAGAGGUUGCACUGCAUGUGCCUGGACAUCAUCCAAGUUGGGCAAAUGUCCCGGAGCAGUACGAACACCUCAUCUUAACCAAGCUUCGGGUAAAUAAUUAUUAAUUUAUCUACACUAAUAAAUGUGAUUAUUACCAUGUUAUUUUAAUUUAUUUUUGUCAUAUGCAGCAUUAUUACCAGUUGGACAGUCAUCCAAAGUUAGUAGCUAUUUCGAUAGCUGAGAUGGCCGAGAAGUACAAAACACGAAAGAAUAUUAGAUUGCAACACUUCAGAGAAUAUUACAAAAACCCAGAAGACUUUGAAAAUGCAGUGAAGAACCCUCCCAAUGAACUUAAUGAAGACCAAUGGCGACUAAUAUGUGAAUUGUUCACAACUCCUGAUUUCAUUCAACGGUCGAAGCAAAACUCUAUCAAUCGACAGAAGAUGAAAUUCUCUUCAACAACAGGGUCGGUAACUAUGGCUGAGAUUCUUCGUCAAAAACAAGGAAAGGGUUACAUUGAGACUUGGAAAGAAUGUCAUACUAAGAAAGACACCAACACCUUCAUCAAUGAGGCUGCCAAAAAUAAAUAUGAAGAGAUGUUGACAACUCGAAAUAGUGCUCCUGAAUCUUCACAAGUUUCAGAACUUGAGAUUCUUCGGAAAACACUUGGAGAGAGGCGUGGCCAUCAACGAGGAGUGGGUCGCAAGUUGAAAGGCCAAUCAUCAGGACGACGCUCACAACCUGCAACUGCUGAUCAACCGGACUUACGGGAAACAGUUGUUGAGUUACAGAAACAAAUACAGACGUUGACUCAACAAAUGUCACGUGAACGUCGGGAACCAAUGGAUGUUGAGAUGAAUGAUGCAGCUCCAACCCAACCCAUACGUCCUCAACCGUCUCGCUCUCAAAUGGGUUUUAACCCAAUGGGUUUUCAGCAGCCGCAUCAGACUCCUACUUCGUUUCAGCAACUGUUACAACAGCCUCUUGUUCCUUCGCCUGGAAGGUUAAGUCCUGAGAAAUUUCACAGUCAAAUGUACCAGUCAUACUUGCAGUUUGUGUUUCAGUCGCCAAACAAUUCGCAAGUAUUGUUGAAUAUGAUGACGCAGUCGCCUCAGACGUCUCAUGUGUCAGAGCCUCGGAUGCCACAAAUGUCACAGAUGCCGCAAAAUGUUCAGAUGUCGACACAAGGGCAGCAAUAUCAGAACACAUCGCAGACGAUGCCGACACAACCAUGGGAGCAGACAUCUCAAAUGAUGCCGACACAUCUAGGACAACAGACUUCUCAGAUGAUGCCGACACAACAAGGGCAGCAGACAUCUCAAAUGAUGCCGACACUACAUGGGCAGCAGACAUCUCAAAUGAUGCCCACCUUGCAAAUGCCGCCAUACUACCCACAAAUGCCGGAUGUUCCUGGGUCGGAUGUUCCUCGAGAUGCUAGUGAUGAGGACGAUGCUACUACAAACUUCUUUUAG